AUGGUUAAACAUUUAUCAUUUGCGGCGAUAUUUGUUGCCUUUGCGCUCACAACGCUUACUCAAGCAGCUGAGAUCAGCAAUGUUUUUCAAAGCUUUGACAGUUUGACUUGGGAAAAUGGGGCCAAUUAUCAAUACAGAAUACCAGCAGCUCCUAGUUGGAUUGCGACUUUGUCAUGGAAGAUUUUGGGCUCAAAUGUUCACCCGGGAGAUACGUUUACAUUAAAUAUGCCAUGUGUAUUCAAGUUCACAACCACACAAGAAAGCGUUGAUUUAGAUGUUGGGGGCACAGUUUAUGCUACAUGUCAGUUCAAACCAGGUGAUUUAGUUGUUCCAUAUUCUCAAUUAAAAUGUACAGCAAGCAAUAACGUUAAGGGCAGUACCGAUGCUACUGGUACUGUGAGGUUCCCACUCACCUUCAAUGUUGGUGGAUCUGCUAAUUCGGUUGAUUUGCAAGACUCGAAAUGUUUCACGCCAGGUACUAAUGACGUCACAUUCACUGAUGGUGAUAAGGAAUUGACCACCACUGCAAACUUUCAAGGUGGUACCAACACUAACAGAGGUAUUCCAUAUGAUGAUAUCGUUUUCAACAAUCGAGUAGUUCCAUCUUUGAACAAACAACAAUUAUACUUAUUGGGAGGAACAUGUCCAAAUGGAUAUAGAAGUGGAACCUUAGGAAUUACAGUCAGUGGAGGUACACUUGACUGUUCGUCUCUUCACGCUGCUAUAACAAAUCAAUUAAAUGGAUGGUACAACCCCGAAGUUGCAGAAGCUAUUUCAGCUUCUUCAAGCUGUAAUGGCCGGUCAUACACAAUCAACUAUAACAACAUUCCUGCUGGUUAUAGACCUUUCAUGGACAUUUUAGUUGCGCGUCCGGCUGGUCAACAAUUACGCACAAGUUAUACUAAUACGUAUCAAUGUGCAGGGCAGUUAUUUCCGCGCGACAAUUCGAGACUGAUAAGAUGGGGAGCUUACAACAACAAUGAGGCAGGUGCUAAUGGUAAUGAAGUCGUCGUCACCACAUCCACAUGGCUUGGAUCAACUACUGCGGUAACUACUUUGCCAUUUAAUACUGAACCAGGAAACACCAAGACAAUUGUUGUUGAAGUGCCAAUUCCAACUACUACAGUUACUUCAAGCUACACUGGUUAUUCAACUUGGACUACAACUAUCACAGCUACGCCUGGUGAGACAGCCACUGUUUUGGAAUGGGAUCCAAUUACUCCUACUAGCCUGGAACUACCAAGUUCAUCAGAGCCACCAAGCUCAUCAGAACCACCAAGCUCAUCAGAGCCACCAAGCUCAUCAGAGCCACCAAGCUCAUCGUCAGAGCCACCUAGCUCAUCGUCAGAGCCACCUAGCUCUUCAGAACCCCCAUCAAGUUCAGAGCCACCAAGCUCAUCAGAGCCAUCAAGCUCAUCAGAGCCAUCAAGUUCAGAGCCACCAAGCUCAUCAGAACCACCAAGCUCAUCAGAGUCACCAAGCUCAUCAGAACCACCAUCAAGUUUAUCUGAAACCGGUUUUCUGUCGCUGACUCAAAUCUCAUCCGAUGAUCAUUCAUCAUCCUUUGUAACACCACCAUAUCAAAAUAGUACCAGCCCUACACAGCCAUCUUUUGUUCCACCUAGCUCCGACUCCACAACUACCCCUACUGAUAUACCAACCACGAAACCUACUACUGACAUCACUCCUCCAACUAGUGAAUCUACGACUACAUCGCCAGGAACCCCUCCAGAAACUGAUACUACUACCAAAGGAAAUGGAAAUGGAGGUCAAGACACAACAGUGACUACACCAACUACUACAGACGCUACUACAUCUACCAACCCAAAUAACUUGAGCCCAGGUACAACCGAGACCCCACUAGCCACUUCUUCAGCUACACUUCCACACAGUGGUGGAAAUGGUGGAAAUGGUGGAAAUGGAUCAGGCAACGGAUCAGGCAACGGAUCAGGAGAAGGAUCAGGAGAAGGAUCAGGCAACGGAUCAGGAGAAGGGUCAGACAAUGGAUCAGGCAACGGAUCAGGCAACGGAUCAGGAGAAGGAUCAAGUAAUGGAUCAGGCAACGGAUCAGGCAACGGAUCAAAAGAAGGGUCAGGAGAAGGAUCAGGCAACGGAUCAGGAGAAUCAUUGAGCCAAUCUGCUACAGUUGAUACCAACACUCCUGCAGUAUCCAGUUACGAAGGAAGCGGAUCCAUGCAAAAAGUUUCCACAUUUUUAGCUGGUCUUUUCGUCCUCGUCUCCAUCUUAUUUUAG